GAUGCGAUAUCAAGCGGAAUCCUGUUUUGUAUGGAAAACAGAAUCGUCCACGAUGAUCGGGGACCAGUGAUCGCUGUUACCGUUUGCGUUUCCUCGACAGUAAGGUCACUCGCGAUUAUUCUGAGGGUCGCGCAAUCGAGUUUUCCGCGGGAAAACAAUGUCUGGAUACCGAAGGGUGAAUUACUACGAGCUGUGCAGAUUGUGUACCAGUAGCGAAGGCAACAAAAUGAACAUUUUCCGGGACGAAGGUCGUAGACGGCAACUUCAGUCGAAAAUACAAACGUGUUUACCUGUUCAGGUUUUGGAAGAGGAUUCCUUGCCAAAAGUCGUCUGCCACGAUUGUGUAAAGAAGUUGGAAAAUUUUAUUGAAUUCAGAGAAACCGUUGUGAGCGCGGAGGGUAUGUUGGAAUCGUAUUUUACUUCGUUACGAUUUUCCGAGGAUUUCCUGAAAGAGGGUAAGGUUUACGUGAAAAGCACGGAAAAAGAUAGGCCGACAACACCGGAGAAUGAUGUGUUGAAGUCAAUAGAAAAAGUAUCGCCCGCUGCGGCAAAUCAAAUAGUUAAUAAUGAUCAGCCGAUACAGCAUCAACAGCCUGUUGUUGUCAGUAAUAUUAAUGCUUCUAACAUUCAAAUUAUCAGUGGAGUUCAAGCAAGAGUGCAGCAGUACAAGUGUGCCAUGCAGAUGCAGCCAGGUGGUAUGGCGGCAGCUGUUGUGGAAGCAACAGCAGAAACGCAUUAUAGUUAUCAGCAACAGACUUCCCAGCAAGUAUCCCCUCAAUCAAACGAUGCGCAAAAUCAAAUAACAGAACAGCACAGCCCAGCCUCGCAAAUUCAGCAAGUGCAAGGUCAAAUACAAAGUCACGGUCAAAUGAAUCAGCAAAUACAGCCACAAAGACAGAUUACACAGCAGAUGAAUCAGUCGGCACCGAUUCCGCAACAACAAAAUCAAACGCAGGUUGGUCAACAACAACAGAAUCAGUCGCAGAUAACGCAACAGAUUCAACAAUUGCAAAGACAGCAGAGAGAGUUCGAGAAACAACAGCAGAGACAGCUUCAACAUAUCGAAAAGCAGCAAGUGCAGAUUAACGCGCAACAAGAGUUUCCGAUAAAACAGGAACCUCAAGGGCAGGUUGUGCACCAGAAUAACAACGUUAUUUUAAAAACGGAACCCGAGGCUAAACAAAACCAGCCAAUCAUACAAAAAGUACAGUCCGACCCCCAGAAAGAUGAUAACGGUGCACAGAGUGUACAAGCGUUCGCAGCGGUGCAUUCGUCGCCGGAAGUAUUUUUAAAUUUAGGGUUUAAAGAAAGUCCGUUGGUCACGCAAACCGUUCGCGAAGACGCGAAAGAGUUUAAGACGGACGACGACGAGGACGCGAUAUCCCGUAAUUCGAUUGGACAGAUUUCAGAGUUUCUACGAAUCAAAUCAGGCCCGGAACCUACAUCGUUGAUCACGGUGAAUCCCCAAGUUAUUACUCAAUCUAGAGACAUCGUUUGUAAAGAUUGCGACAAAACGUUCACCUCGGUAAAUCAACUGAACAGUCACAGUUGUGCUGGCUCGUCGUUCAAUUCAAGGUCUAGUUUACUUCAAACCCUAUUAACCGACGCCACUGAGAGUGAAAUCAAAGAGGACCCUUUACAAACUAAUAAUAAUUCUUUUAGUUGUAAUGUGUGUGGCAAGCCGUUCAAACGGAGAGAGCAUCUCUAUCAGCAUCGAAAGUUGCAUACCGGCGAACGUCCAUUUGUCUGUACCACGUGCGCAAAGGCGUUCAGUCGCAAAGAACACUUAGUCAGGCAUUCUGUAUCCCAUACAGGUGAAAAAAUGCACGAGUGCGAGAUGUGCGGUAAAAGUUUCUCCCGGAAGGACAAUCUUCACAAGCAUCGUAAAACCCACGGCGUGUCUGGUCCGUACAUCUGUGAAACUUGUGGUAAAUCGUUUGUGGUCAAGCAUUAUUAUUUGAUGCAUUUAACCACGCAUGCGACAACUACCGGCGAUGGUGGAAAUUGUCAGGAUCCUUUGCCAUACAAGUGUGAUCUUUGUCAUAAGGCGUUCUCGGUUAAACAAUAUCUCACGACUCACAAGCUCAGACACAGAUCGAAGAACAGUAACAAUUCCGGUCAAAAUUCUGUAAACGGUCAACAACAAACGCAACAGACUAACACGACAAACAACGUGAACAUAGUAAGUAAUAAUGUUGCUAGUUCUGGGCCAUUAAAUGGUAAUAACGGACAGUCUAACAAUGGAUCGACCGUCGAGAUCGAGAGUGUUAUAGAGAAAACUGAGGAACCGAUCGGCUCCUUUGAUAAUCAGUAUCAUAAUAAUAUACAAGAAUUUCAAUGAGAUA